CAUCAGCUGUUUUUGUGUUUUUCGCAGAACAUUUUUUUGUUUAUUUGGUUCAGAGCGUUCACAUGGUUCGCUUAAUAUUUGCAUAUUUUCUUCUUCCAAAUAAUUUGUUUUGUGUUAGUGUUGUGAUAAAUAUGUUGCAACGUAAUCAGAUCGCCUCUUCGAACGGAUUUAAACAUUGAGUGCAAAUUUCGCAUUAUCAACAUAAUUCUUGCAUUUGUUCAUGCGCCACCGAAAAGCAAGCAAUAUGAACAAUGGAAUCGAUAGUACAAAUCAGUUGCCAAACCAACCAUCAAAUCAGUUACCAAAUCAAUUGCAGAACCAUUUGACCAAUGGAAAUACCUACACUGGAACAAAUGGAAGUGUCAACACAUCGUCGACGACAUCUAUAUCUUCGUGGCUGCAAAAUAAUCCUGGCGGUAGCAGUGGAUCCACGCCAUGGUCGAUUCAGGCUCAGCCGCAAAACCAGUCUCAAACUCAUAAUACUGCCACUAGUGCAAUAACUUACAGAACUUACAAUAACCAUCUUCUUCCACCCCUUCCGCACCCAUUACAUUUUCAUACAUACGGCGCUCCGAGUUCGUCUUCAAACGCAGCUGUGGGAAACCAACAGAACAAUAACAAUGCGCAGGGUGGUUUGUUUACGAUUCCAACAAUAACAACAGCUACACUCAAUAACGUUACACCCGCAGUAUCUAAGAAACGAUUCAACGUACCGUCAACAGACACAAUUCCUAAGAGACCCAGAGGGAGACCGAAAAAAGUGAAGACGACCGUGUCCCAAGCCAUCGUACAUUAUCCACCAACUGCUACAGUGACUUCUGCAACAGCAAUAUCGUCUGCCAUGGGUACGAUUUACAACAUACGACCAGCAGCAUUCGCAACUUUGCCUUCAACCGCAGUAUUUAUGCCUUCAAUGGUACUAAGCUCAAUGCCAGCAGCAUCUGGAAUGUCAUUGCCCGCACCGUCCAAAUAUGUCCCACCAAUGAAUUCUCGACCAAUACUGACAGCCGCCAUGCCAGUACCGCCGAAUUGGCUAGCCAAUAUGGAGGAAAGUGUCAUGUCGUUGCUGACGUUUAACAAAUAUGAAAUUAAGGAAGGCACCGCCGAGUAUCAGACGAUAAGCGACAUGCUGUAUCCCAUAUCAGUGAAAGGCGUCGAGCAGAUUGUGAACCCAGAUCUGUGGGACCGUUUUGUUAAAACCAGAACGGAUAUGAUGCGAUCGAAGGCUGAUGAUCUGAACAUUUUGUCGAAACUCGGUCUGAGCGAGAAGGAAGUGCUGCGGUGUGCGCAUUUGUCGUUGAACUUCAGAAAGGAUCCGCUAAUCAUACCAUACUCCGACAACAUGGUGCUCCUGUACCACUGUACGAGAAGCCAAACAAACGUCAAGAGCAUACUCUCGCAGGGCUUGGAUGAAAGAUUGAGCAACACUAGUGCUGGUCUUCUAGGAAAGGGAAUCUAUUUUGCUGAUGAUCCGAAUAAAUCGAUACAAUACGAUGGAACCGGCACCAUAUUCAUCUUUGCUGUACUGCUGGGUGACUGUAUCUCAGUUGAUCACUUCACAAAUCGACAUUCGUUCGUCCGAGAGCCGGAAAAAGUUUCGCAGCAAAAGCGGAACUUUAACGACCAGUUUUUCGAUUCAAUCGUUGCCAGACCUGCCGGCUACAAUGAGUACGUCAUUUAUAACAGAUACCAAUGCUGCCCGAUAUAUCAAGUCAAAUACGAUCGAAAUACAGUCGCCGGAGGAUCUGCAUCCGUUUUCCACUCAUCGAGCCAGAAAUUGCCACCUAUUGCAUGGAUUCCGUCAGGCCACAAUUAUGCAAUGCCGAUCCAAGACCAAACAAUCAACUGGCCCUUUUUUGCUGUGGAUAUAUUUACCUCAAUGGGUGUCCCGCCUCCUACAGACGAUGACGGCGAAGAUAGCAUCAAUGACGUGGCUCAAAACACCUCACAGCCAUCGAUCGACGAUAAUCUGGUGACACUUAUCAAUCUUGGGUACAAUGAUGAAGCAAAAAACCGGGAAAUUCUGGCGAAAUUUAACAACGAUUUGGAUCAAGCCGUCAAUUAUUACUUGGACAAUGAAAAUUUUGCAGAAGACGUGCAUGUAAAUGAUACCGAGGCAACAACAAUCCAAGACGAUUCGGUUAACACAUCUUCCACUUCGGAGGCGGAGAUGUUAGUCACCUUCGGAUUUUGUGAUAAGGCUAAAAACCGGGACGUUUUAGCCAAAUUUAACAAUGACGUCGGCCAAGCAAUAAAUUACUUCUUGGACAAUGCCAACGUUGAAGAUGCAAGCAAUGGUAGAAUUGCAGACAAAGCCAGUGUUGCCGAUAAAGCUGUAGCAUCAACAAUUACGAAUAAGUCCAUUGUCACCAUUGAUUUGAUUGACGACGAUAGCGACUGUCCGGGUGACGAAGAAACCGUUGAUAUCACCGCCGUAACUGAUUCUACACAAAAUAGUGGUACUGAUCUUCCAGACGAUUUAGCCGAAUGGGCCCUCGAUCUUACCGAGAAACAAGACCAAGUGGAAAUGGAAGACUGUCCGAUUUGCUGUAACGAAAUUUCACCGUCAUCGUGGCAGAUUUUAGAGUGCAAACACAAAGUAUGCGCUGUUUGUUACUCAAAACUUUUGACUCAACGAUCCACUAUGUCGGGCGUUCCAUGCACCUUUGUUAAGUGUCCAUUUUGUCACGCCACCUUCGGAACUGAGGUCGGAACUUGUCCCAAUAUGAAAAUGAAAAUUUCGAAACUAGACGUGCCCUGCGAUGGUUUUACAAGAUUUUCGACGAUAGUGAUUGAGUAUGUGACCCAGCGCUUAAGACGAACUGCAUAUCUCCCGGACAAUGAAACCGGUCGAGAAGUUUUGAAACUUUUGGAAAUAGCAUUCGAACGACGAUUGAUUUUUACUGUUGGAACUAGCAAUACCACAGGACAAGAGAACGUUAUUGUGUGGAAUAUUCAUCAUAAAACUGCAAGACAAGGCGGUGUGGCCACGUACGGUUAUCCCGAUCCGGAGUAUUUCGAUCGAGUAAAGGCGGAGCUAAAGACGUUCGGAAUUGAAUAAGUUGCGUGCUGUAAAUCACUAUUCCAAUUGAUAAGACUGAAUGAAAAACGAUAUCGAACAAUUUCUGUUAUUUAACUCAUAAUUAUUUAGGAUUUCUGUGAAUAAAUUUCUUUUACUUUUACUGAUACAACAAAUC